AUGGCACCAUCAUUCGUGGUGAGAAAGUUCCAUAACGGAACGUUGGAGGCGUUGGAUUUGUCGUACACCCAUCUGUUCAUUCGUGGUGAGAAAGUUCCAUCACGGAACGUUGGAGGCGUUGGAUUUGUCGUACACCCAUCUGUUGUCCGUCUUAUCGAUUCACAUGAGAUCCGAUCACCUCGCCUGGCUAUACUUCGACUCCGUCCUCUGUAUCAGAAAGCCAUUACUAUCAUCAACGGCUACCCCAACAUCAGCAGCUGA